AUGCCCUUAAUUUUAUACUUUAUCAUCCAGACAAAAUGUUACCCAUGGCUACUUGGUAAAUACGUGUUUUUUUUCCAGGGAUUGUUAACAUUCGGGGAUGUGGCCAUAGAAUUCUCUCUGGAGGAGUGGGCCUGCCUGGACCCUGCUCAGUGGAAUUUGUAUAGGGACGUGAUGCUAGAGACCUACACGAACCUGGUCUCCCUGGGUCUUGCUGCUUCUAAGCCAGACCUGAUCACCUUUCUGGAGCAAAGAGAAGACCCUUGGAAUGUGAAGAGACGUGAGAUAGUAGCCAAACACCCAGAUAUAUUUUCUCAUUACACCCAAGGUCUACAGAAAAACCAGUGCAUAGAAGCUCCAAUUCAAAAAGUGAUAUUGGGAAUAUUUGGGAAUCGUGGCCUUGAAAAUAUACAUUUAAAGAAAGAAUGGGAAUGUGAGGGUGAGUUUCAAGGGGAGAAUGGAUGUUAUAAUGGACAAACGAAAUGUAGGACAAUUAUCUAUAAUGAAAACAUCACUGAUAGAAAAGGUCAGAAAUGUAAACCACUUUGGGAAAAAUCUCCAUUUUUGUCAGUUACUUUUGCUGAACCACAUGUUUCUGUAAGUGAAUAUCAACAUCAACAUUUGGAACAUAAAUUUUAUCUAAAAGGAAAUUUGGAAAAUUUAAAUAGUGACCUAGGCCAUAUUCAAAAUAAUGAUUUGAAUCAAUUAAAAUGUAGAAUUGGGUUAAAUGUUCAGUCAAAUAUUUCUGAAGAUCUGAGAUUUAAAAAUGAAAGGAAGGUUUCUAUAUGUGAUCAAUUUGAUGGGUCACUUGUUAAAGAUUUAUUAUUACUACACCAAAAAUAUGACAAAAUGUACAACUUUGAUCAGAAUGGGAAGCUAUUUGCCCAUUCAUCAUUGCUUAAGCAAUAUCAGGGAAUAGAUAAUUGGACAAGAUAUCACACCUAUGACAAAACUUCAGUGUCCUUUAGCCAGGGCUCUACCCCAAGCUAUUACCAGGAUAUUUAUCUUGAAGAUAAAAAUUAUCAAUAUCCUAAUUCUGAGAAAAUCUCUAACCAAGGCUCUAGCCCUACAAAACAUCAGAAAACUUAUUUUCCAGAGGACUACUACAAAUGUAAAAAAUGUGAGAAAGUCUUUUACCAACAUUCUAAGCUUAUUUUCCAUGACUGUAUUCAAAUUCAAGAGAAGUCUUAUGAAUGUAACAAAUAUUUAGAAGCCUUUUCCCAGUCAUCAACUCAUACUCAGCGUGAAGGAAUCUGUUUUGGAGUAAACUCAUACAGUGAUAAUAAAUGUGAGAAAGUCUUUAGCCAAUCAUCAAAUCUAAAAAAAUAUGAGAUAAUUCAUACUGAAGAGAAACCCUACAAAUGUAGUGAAUGUGGCAAAGCCUUUAACCGUAGUUCACAUCUUACUCGUCAUCAGAGAAUUCAUACAGGAGAGAAACCUUACAAAUGUAAAGAAUGUGGCAAAGCCUUUAUUGAGAAUUUAUAUCUUACUAAUCACCAGAGAAUUCAUACUGGAGAAAAACCCUACAAAUGUAAAGCAUGCAGUAAAUCUUUUAGUCAUUAUUCAAGUCUUACUCGUCAUCAGAAAAUUCAUACUGAAGGCAAACCCUACAAAUGUAGUGAAUGUGGCAGAGCCUUUAACUGUAGUGCACAACUUACUCGUCAUCAGAGAAUUCAUACAGGAGAGAAACCUUACAAAUGUAAAGAAUGUGGCAAAGCCUUUAACUAUAAUUCAAGUCUCACUGAGCACCAGCGAAUUCAUACUGGAGAAAAACCCUACAAAUGUAAAGCAUGCAGUAAAUCUUUUAGUCAUUCCUCAAGUCUUAUUUUGCACCAGAAUAUUCAUACUGGAGAGAAACCCUACAAAUGUAAAGAAUGUGGCAAAGGCUUUAACUACAAUUCACAUCUUACUGAGCACCAGAGAAUUCAUACUGGAGAAAAACCCUACAAAUGUAAAGCAUGCAGUAAAUCUUUUACUCAUUAUUCUGGUCUUAUUAAUCAUCAAAAAAUUCAUACAGAAGAGAAACCCUACAAAUGUAGUGAAUGUGGCAAAGCCUUUAACCGUAGUUCACGUCUUGCUGGGCACCAGAGAAUUCAUACUGGAGAAAAGCCCUACAAAUGUAAAGCAUGCGGUAAAUCUUUCAUUUAUUCCUCAAGUCUUAUUUCACAUCAGAAAAUUCAUGCUGGAGAGAAACCCUACAAAUGUAAAGAAUGUGGCAAAGCCUUUAACUAUAAUUCAUGUCUUACUGGGCACCAGAGAAUUCAUACUGGGGAAAAGCCCUACAAAUGUAAAGCAUGCAGUAAAUCUUUUGCUCAUUCCUCAAGUCUCAUUUGGCAUCAGAAAAUUCAUACUGGAGAGUAA